CUGUAGCAACCUGCCUGCCUGGUACAGUAAUUUAUUUGCACCUUUCCGUGCUCCAUUGACAUUGAUGACGAGCGAGGAACAAGCUCACUCCUCUCCGUCUCUUUCUUCUCUCGUGCUGCCUCAUCUUCUCUUGUUCAUCAUCCGUGGCCGGGGCUGGGCACAAUGUCUGGUGGGAUCAGCAGCUCCAGCUCGGUCGCCAUGCUUUUCCUCUUGAUGCUGCUUUCCCCUGCAAACAUCCACCAUGCAGCAGCAGCAGCAGGAGGAGGGAACCCAGCAAACGAUCUGGUGGCGCUGAUAAACGCCAAGCGGACGGCGAGCAAGUUGCCUCCGCUGCGCAACAGCAAGGGCCUGGGCUGCAUGGCUCUGCAGUACAUCUCCCACUGCAUAGUUGCCAAUGCCAACUCCUGCAGCGCCACCACCACCACCAACAACAACAACACGGUGACGCCGCCGGUAUGCCAAGCACCGGACACCGACAUCACCGAGGUCUACGCCGCCAACUGCGGCGUGGAGCUCCCCACCGUGGACGUCAUCUCCGGACGCCUCGCCGGCUGCAGCACCGACGCCGAAGCCGACUCUUGUUUAGCUGACAUCAACAUGACGGUGAUCCGUGGCAAGGAGCAUACCCAGGUAGGCGCCGGAUUCGACAGGGCGCGUCGCCACCAUGGCCCCUUCUUCUGGUGCCUCCUCUUCAGCAGCGGCAGCCCCAACUCCACCUUCCAGCUCGAGGCCGCCGGCAAGGGGAUCACGCAGACGCACGGCUGCUUCAGCGCUCCAGACACCCUACUCACAUGCAACUCCAACUGCCUCACCGGCUAUGCUUCUUCAGCUGCUCUGCCUCUGCUCCUCUUCCUCAUCUUCCUCCUCUCCUAGGCUUGUUUUCUUUCCCAGCCUCUUAAAGCUUGUUGCUCAACCAGCAAUCUUGCAAAUUGCCUGCCAGUGUCAACAGCUAUUCUCUCAACAUUAUUAGUAAAAAUAUGCAUUGGGUCACUAA